ACAAUUCAAAGUAGCCACUUCCGCCUGCGUAGAAUUUGGGCGACAGCGUUUGAAUAGAGUUGUUGGAUUGCCCUGAUUGCGCUAGAGGAUUUUUUAAAUAGACAAAAGUGUCCAUAAAACAAAAACAAGCAACAGUAAUCGCAGCCAUGGGGCCCAUAGAGCUUCUCCACAUGUCGGUCUUCUCCCAGAGCUUCUCUCCCUGCGGACGUUUCUUGGCAGUAGGGAACAACUACGGAGAGAUUGCUUUGUUUAGUCUAUCAGCUGCUCUCAGUCCAGAGGCCACAGACCUCAGUCAGAAACCAGUCCUCACUUUCACAGCUCAUGAGGGUCCAGUGUUUUCCCUGCUUUCCACGGAUAGCCAGCUUUUGAGUGCAGGGAAUGGCGAGAUCAGUGGCUGGAACUGGUGUGAACUCAUCAAAAGGAACACAAAAGCUGUAUGGACAAGAAGGCCUAACUACAAAACCAGUCUAGAGAUUCCUGAAAUCAAUGCUAUGGUGCUCAGUCCAAAAGACAACAGCUUGAUUGUUGGAGGAGGAGACAAUAACAUUCACAUCAUGGACCUGGAGAGUGGCAUCUUCAAGUUGGUGUUGCAGGGCCACAGUGACUACAUCCACUGCCUGACAGUGAGGGAGAGGGAGGGAGAAAUCCUGUCUGGAGGGGAGGAUGGUGCAGUGCGGAUAUGGGAUUCCAGGACAGCACAGUCAGUACACUGUAUCGAAGUUCACAAAUAUCAGGAAUGUGCCCGCCCCCAGCUUGGCAGAUGGAUCAGCUGCCUGACCACAGACUCCGACUGGAUGCUCUGCGGAGGCGGGCCGUCUCUCUCUCUCUGGCACCUGCGCUCCAUGUCUCCCACAUCAGUCUUCCCCAUUGCCGGUUGCCAACGUCAGGCCAUGUUUUACCAGGACCUAAUUUUAUCAGUCGGUGAGGGCCCUUAUCUGUACCAUUGUUUAUUGGGAGGCCAAAUCAAAGCUCAGAUUCCCUGCACCUCUCCAUCUCUGAACACCCUGGCUCUGAAUGUUCACCCCUCUGAGCCCCGGGUUAUGACGCUAGGGGGCAGCAGUGACCAUAUUGAUGUUUUCACCAACUUGUCCUACAGAGCUUUCUCCUUGUCUUUCUAAGAUCAUGUGCGUCUUUAUACCUCAGUCUUUUCUCUCAAACAUGACGCUCAGCUUUUGGAAAUUGAUUUUAAUUGUGAAUUCACCGUGACCUAUUUUUAUAUGUAAUAAAGUACUUUUGUUUUCAGAG